CAGACGGGUGGAAAUGAGGAGGCGGAAUCAGUCAAUAGUCCUGAAGAAUAACAACAUGUCCAAGAAACAUGAGACGUCCCCCUGGCUUGUCCCUGGUAAUCCACAGCUAUUUGGAUUCUAUCAGUGGACAGAGGCACGUAGGCGGGGACAAAAAGAUGACCAGAGUAAACCGAGACGAUCUGUCAGAUGUCUCGUGGAGAAAGAGGAUUAUCAGGCACCUCUGGCCAUGACAGACAUCGAUCCCGGGUAUUUCACCGAUCUGACCGGACGGCCAAUUAGGGAAAAAUUCUCGGGAAGGCGAUAUGUCGAGCAGGCGAGACAGGUUCUCCGUGCUAGACUGCUCGCCGGAUUCGCUCGGGAUGAUUGUAUGAGGAUUGACCGACAGUUUGCAGAGGAACGACGGCGAUUUGCCAAUAUCGAGAGAAAAAAUCGUCGCUACGUAACAGCAUUCGAGGAUUACCUCUCUAAGGAUCACGAGUCGAGUAUGGAUAUCCUGACCGAAGCCGACAGAGAGGCGAAGAAGACGAAUGCCCUGGCCGGCACGCGCGAUCAAUUAUCCAAGGAUUUCGGGCAGAUUCGCUUGGAGGUCUAUCAGUUGGAGGAAAUGUGGAGAUUAGCGAAGGCUUGCCACGAUUUUGUCAGCAAAAUCUCGAAUAAAAAUCGGGGAUCAUUAAUAUCUGAGGAGAUUGCUCGGGAGAAUGAGAAGAUACCAGUGAAAACUGAGGAAACACGAGACGAAUUGAUGGGACUGAUAGAGGCAUUCGAGAGGGACAUUGGGCAGUUGGAAAGCCCAGAAAUUUCAUUAACUGACCCCAGAGAGUUGAGCAAAGAAUUUAAUUCGAUGGAACUUAGAAACUUGGACGCUAUGAUUCAUUUGGAGUCUCUUGCCGGACCGAUGCAGGAGAUGGCCUCGAACAUGGCGAGGGCUCAAGAAAGGGUUGAGAAGGAGAUUGGAUUGAUCGAGGAGAAUCUUCAGGACCUCAAGUCCCACAUUGAACUGAGCGAAGAGCGAGCCCGUAAACUCGAGAAAUACGCGGAUUAUCUUCUCCACCGAGUCUUCCGGGACCUGGUUUGCUCCGAAUCAGUUCUGCAGCUGCGCGUGUUCAUUGAGGACACUUACGAGAGCUGCAUCGGCCGGAAUGACGCAAGCCUUGAUAGCUAUACGAUGAUGAGGACCAUUGAGAAGACUUAUGAGUAUCUCAACAUGACUCUGGAUAAUCUUCCGCAUGACAUUGUCCGGCUGUGUGAAAAGGAAGGAUUUGCGCAGGAAAUGAGGGUCUUGAGGGAGGCGCAGGAGGCUGCCAAGAAGUUCGACUUGAUGCAUCGACUUCUCGACGCCCUCCGUCGAAUAAUGGAGCCGACAGUUCUCAAGCCUCGCCCGAAGUCCCUUCCCAAAUCAACAGUCACACGAAAACAGAAGAGAUCUUCCUCAAAAAAUCUCCCACGAAAGUCUCGUGCCCUCGCAUUCUUCACUAACAAAUGUGAAUCCGACAUUCACCUCCUCGAUGAUUUGAAUUUCGAGGAAAAAAGCCCCGAGAAUAGACCAGAAGGAGGUACCCAAGUAAUUGACGAAAAUUACAGUGACUGUCGGGAAGAAAUGUCGUGA